AUGAGAGUGAAAGGAAAGAUGGUUGAUUUCUGGUUCUUGAUAUGGUUCUUGUGGCUUUGGGGUUGUUCUAAUGGCUUGCUUUCCCCUAAAGGUGUAAACUUUGAAGUUCAAGCUUUAAUGGGUAUAAAAGCUUCAUUGUUGGAUCCUCAUGGUGUUCUUGAAAACUGGGAUGCUGAUUCUGUUGACCCAUGUAGUUGGACCAUGGUUACUUGCUCUACUGAAAGUCUAGUUAUAGGAUUGGGUACACCUAGUCAGAACUUAUCUGGGACACUUUCUUCAAGCAUUGGCAAUUUAACCAACCUGCAGAUUGUAUUGUUACAAAACAACAACAUUUCUGGGCCAAUCCCAGAAGAAAUUGGUAAAUUGAAGCAGCUUCAUACACUUGAUCUGUCUGAUAAUCAAUUCAGCAGUGAAAUCCCCUCUUCUUUAGGUCAUUUAACAAGUCUCCAAUACAUGAGGCUUAACAACAACAGUCUUUCUGGACCAAUUCCUCAGUGGGUAGCUAACAUGACUCAACUUGCCUUUGUGGACUUAUCCUUCAAUAACUUAAGUGGCCCAGUUCCAAGAUUUCCUUCUAAGACCUUCAGCAUUGUGGGGAACCCUUUAAUUUGCCAAACAGGAUCUGAGCAAGAAUGCUAUGGAAUGACGCUUAUGCCCAUGUCGAUGACUUUAAACACUACUCAAGCUCCUAGCACCUUGCCGAGAUCAAGAAGUCACAAGAUCGCUCUUGCCAUAAGUACAAGCCUCGGAUGCAUCUCUUUGCUCAUCUUUGGACUCGCAUUGAUAUGGUGGAGACAAAGACAUAACCGAGAACCCUUCUUUGACGUCAAAGAUAGGCAUCACGAGGAGGUUUCGUUAGGAAAUCUAAGAAAGUUCCAAUUCAGGGAACUUCAAAUCGCGACACACAACUUUAGCAACAAGAACAUAUUAGGGAAAGGGGGUUUCGGGCAUGUCUACAAAGGGCAACUCCAAGACGGAACUUGUGUUGCCGUGAAGCGGCUGAAAGAUGGCGGUGCCGCUGGCGGAGAACGGCAAUUCCAAACGGAGGUCGAGAUGAUCAGCCUAGCGGUACAUCGGAACCUUCUGAGGUUAUACGGGUUUUGUAUGACUCAAACCGAGAAGCUCUUGGUCUACCCUUAUAUGUCAAACGGCAGUGUAGCAUCCCGUCUCAAAGCGAAACCAGUAUUAGAUUGGGGCAUAAGAAAGAAGAUCGCAUUAGGGGCAGCAAGAGGAUUGCUAUACCUUCACGAGCAAUGUGACCCCAAAAUCAUCCAUAGAGACGUAAAAGCCGCAAACAUAUUGCUCGAUGAUUGUUGCGAGGCCGUCGUCGGUGAUUUCGGGUUGGCAAAGCUUCUUGACCAUCAAGAUUCUCACGUAACCACGGCCGUUCGUGGCACCGUCGGUCAUAUAGCGCCGGAAUAUCUCUCCACCGGCCAGUCGUCGGAAAAAACCGACGUUUUCGGGUUCGGAAUCCUUCUCCUCGAACUCAUCACCGGCCAACGAGCUUUGGAGUUCGGAAAAGCCGCUAACCAAAAAGGAGCCAUGCUCGAUUGGGUGAAAAAGAUUCAUCAAGAAAAGAAAUUGGAUAUUUUAGUGGAUAAAGAUUUGAAGGAGAAUUACGACCGGAUCGAGUUAGAGGAAAUCGUGAAAGUGGCAUUACUGUGCACCCAAUAUCUUCCCGGCCACCGGCCAAAGAUGUCGGAAGUUGUACGGAUGCUGGAAGGCGAUGGGCUUGCAGAGAGAUGGGAAGCUUCGCAGGGAGUUGAAUCUUGUUCCAAGUUCCGUACGCCGGAGUUAUCGUCGUCGGAGAGAUGUUCCGAUCUCACCGAUGACUAUUCGUUGCUUGGUCAAGCCAUAGAACUCUCUGGGCCCAGAUAAAUUAGCAUUUAAAUAUAAUUUUUUUUGGAAGAUGGUUUUCAUGAUUUUAUAGGUUUUG